AUAAACUCAAAUACUAUAUUCAUGUUUACCAAAUCAUUCAUCAAACAUGUGUCAUCAACACAACUCAUGCUCAGCACAACUUACCUGGCGUUUGAUGCCAUUAAGGCAAGGAACUCUCUACCUUAUCCACAUCCAACACCACUCAACUUGCAUUCAACAUGGCUGAGGUAGGAAACCCCUGAGACCUCAUGCUUGACAUAGCAGAAUUCAUGCCCAACCUCAUAUGAUGCAGAGAGACUAUUUGACUCAUGCAUGAUGUCACCUCACUAGCACCCCCGUCGUCUAGGCAAGAAACCUUUGCCUUGAUGAUGCUUGGUACCACCCAAACAGAACUCUUUUUUUUUUAUAAUUUUUUUCCAUAUAAAUUAUGGCCAUUGUGACUUAUUUCUUUGACAGCAUGUGUGCAUUGUUUUGUUUGGGAUGACCAAAGACGAAGUUGAGUUUGAGAGGAGCGAAGAAGAUGCACGACUUUGACACCGAAUGAUGAAGCUAUCGACGGUGGAAGCGUUGUUGCAGCGUUGCCACUCCCUGAGCCACUUCAAACAACUCCUCUCCCAAACAAUCCUGACGGGCCUCAUAACGGACCCAUACGCCGGAAGCAGACUCAUAAACUUUUCUUCCCACACCCCUCUCAUUCCCUUCCACUACACCCUCCGCGUCUUCCACCACCUCCCCAACCCCAACGCCUUCACAUGGAACACCAUAAUGCGCGCCCACCUGCACGCUCACCCUCACCACGCUCUCUCCCUCUACACCCUCUUCCUUGCCACCCACGCAUCUCGCCCCGACCACUUCACCCACCCCAUUCUCCUCCAAUGCUGCGCCAAACGAGUCUCGGAAUUCGAGGGAAUGCAGCUCCACGCGCAUGUUGUCAGGUUCGGCUUUCACCGCGACCUCUACGUCCGCAACACGCUGAUUAGCUUCUACGCGGUUUGUGGGAGCAUGGAGAGUGCGCGCAAGGUGUUUGAUGAAAGUCCUGUGCUGGAUUUGGUUUCGUGGAACACUCUUUUGGCGGGGUGGGUCCAGGCGGCUGAUGUGGAGGAGGCGGAGCGCGUGUUUGAGGGAAUGCCGGAGAGGAAUGUGAUUGCUUGCAACUCUAUGAUUGUCAUGUUUGGAAGGGUGGGGUGUGUGGAGAAGGCGAGGCGGGUUUUUGAUGAGGUGGGGGGUGUGGAUAUGGUGUCGUGGAGUGCCAUGCUGGGUUGUUAUGAGAAGAAUGGGAUGUGUUGGGAGGCCUUGGUUUUGUUUGGGGAGAUGAGGGUGUGUGGGGUGGUGGUCGAUGAGGUGGUUGUGGUGAGUGUUUUGUCGGCGUGUUCGAGGAUUUUGGAUGUUCGGAUGGGGAGGUUGGUGCAUGGUUUGGCGGGGAAAGUUGGGGUGGGGAAUUAUGUGAGUCUUAAGAAUGCGUUGAUUCAUUUGUACUCAAGUUGUGGGGAGGUGGUGGAUGCAAGGAGGAUUUUUGAUGAUGGUGUUGUUUUGGAUUUGAUAUCGUGGAACUCGAUGAUUUCUGGGUACUUGAGGUGUGGUUCGAUUGGAGAGGCUGAGGUUUUGUUUGGAUCCAUGCCGGAGAAGGAUGUUGUGUCUUGGAGUGCUAUGAUAUCGGGUUAUGCUCAACAUGAAUGCUUCUCGGAGGCGUUGGCGUUGUUCCAAGAAAUGCAGCUUCAUGGAUUUAGGCCGGAUGAGUCUGCUUUAGUGAGUGCCAUCUCGGCUUGCACCCAUCUGGCUGCUUUGGACUUGGGGAAAUGGAUUCAUGCUUACAUAUGUAGAAAUAAGUUUCAGGUUAAUGUUAUUCUGAGCACGACGCUUAUAGAUAUGUAUAUGAAAUGUGGGUGUGUGGAAAAUGGGUUGGAGAUUUUCUAUGCGAUGGAGGAAAAGGGGGUUUCUACUUGGAAUGCGGUCAUUCUUGGGUUGGCAAUGAAUGGUUUGGUAGAACAGUCACUUAAGAUGUUUUCGGAUAUGAAAAAAAGUGGGACACUUCCUAAUGAGAUUACAUUUAUGGGAGUUCUCGGGGCCUGUCGGCACAUGGGCCUAGUGGAUGAGGGGCGCCAAUACUUUAGUUCCAUGAUUCAUGAGCACAAAAUAGAGCCAAAUAUAAAGCAUUAUGGGUGCAUGGUUGAUCUUUUAGGACGUGCAGGUUUGCUUAAAGAAGCUGAGGAACUGAUUGAGAGUAUGCCAAUGGCGCCCGAUGUUGCCACUUGGGGUGCUCUGCUUGGGGCAUGUAGAAAACACCAUAACAAUGAAAUGGGGGAGAGGGUGGGGAGAAAACUCAUUCAACUUCAGCCUGAUCAUGAUGGUUUCCAUGUAUUAUUGUCAAACAUAUAUGCUUCGAAAGGAAAUUGGGGCAAUGUUCUUGAAAUUAGGGGAAUGAUGGCACAACAUGGGGUGGUGAAGACACCUGGUUGUAGCAUGAUUGAAGCAAAUGGAAUAGUUCAUGAAUUUUUGGCUGGAGACAAGACACAUCCACAAAUAAAUGAUAUUGAGCACAUGUUAGAUGUAGUGGCUGCAAAAUUGAAGAUUGAAGGCUAUGUACCAACCACAAGUGAGGUUUCACUAGACAUAGAUGAAGAAGAGAAGGAAACUGUGCUUUUCAGGCACAGUGAGAAACUUGCUGUCGCCUUUGGACUUAUCACUAUUGCUCCACCAACUCCAAUCAGAGUUAUGAAGAAUUUGCGCAUAUGUAAUGAUUGCCACACGGUUGUGAAAUUAAUCUCAAAAGCAUUUGAUCGUGAAAUUGUGGUUAGGGAUCGUCAUCGUUUUCAUCACUUUAGGCACGGAGCUUGUUCCUGCAUGGAUUUUUGGUAACAAAACUGUCAUUAAAGUGAAAGGGCAUUCUAUGCGGAAGGAAUGUGCACUCAAUUUUGCGUUGUCUUGGAGUCUGGACUCAAAUAUCAAAGCAUGUAUAGUUGGAGAUUUUUCACUCAUUUAUUUUAAGGAAGGCUAUAAUUUAUUCUAGUAAACAUUUUAAACCCUUAAAAGAAUAAAAAAAAUUAAAAAAAGAAGGAAAGCGAAAGGGAAGUAUAAAAUAACACGAGUUUGAAAUGGAUCUUCUAUAAAACUAACAAUGUUUUAGAUAGGCAAAAAUAUAUUUUUCGUCCUUUUAUAUUAUUUAUUAGUGUUAAUUUAGUCAUAUUUUAAUUAAUUGAAUUAAUUUAGUCUCACAUCUUUAAAAUGUACCUCAAUAUUUGACUUUUCGUUUUCUCUGUUUAAAUACUUAACGGAUGUGACACGUGUCAUGCUAUCAUGCCACGUGACGUGACAUAUGACAUGACACGUGACAUGAUGACAUGACAUGUGACAUGGUAGCAUGACACAUGUCAUGUCAUCAUGCCACGUGACAUGACACGUGUCAAAUCUAUUAAGUAUUUAAACGGAGGAAACGAAACUUCAAACAUUGAGAUACAUUUUAAAGAUGUGGGACUAAAUUGAUUCAAUUGAUUAAAGUGAGACUAAAUUGACGCUAAUAAAUAAUAUAAGAAACGAAAAAUGUAUUUUUGCCUUUUAGAUAUAAACAAACAUCAAAAUAAUGUGAGCUGAGCUUCUUUAAGCUCCCCCACUUUCUUUGGAGUGUUAUCCCCUCUUGACCUAGAAGCACCACAGGAAAUUUACAGGAAAAAAAAAAACCAUGGGAUUGAUUUGUGUGGUUGCUUUGAUUCUUUAACUUGUCAAAAGCAAAUAAUAUUUAACAGCAAUUACAUAUUUCAGUGAGAUCUUACAAUGGUUUGCUUUGAAAAUUUUCUUGUAGUAACUCAACAAUUUUGGUAGCUUUCUCUGCUCAACCUGUGGUGUAGUAGCAUUAAUUACUGAAAUGAGAUGGUUAUGUUCAAUCCAGAGUGAAAGUCAGUGCUUAGCAGAUGUAUGUGGUGCACUGCACUGUGACAAUGAAAUGAACUCCGGGUCAAAAAAAUCAAAUUGCAAUCCUGCUGCUGCUGCAAGAAAUAAACUUCUAUGUGAGAGCUUAGCCAAUGAUUGUUUUCCAAUCAAUGAGAGAGACCCGCGGCAGGCAGACUUCAUGAACUCUUCCUGCACCAAUUCUGUGAUGCACACAGCUGCGCUGGAAGGAGGAAGCCUUUCUCCAGAGGGCGCAGGAAUAAGAAAAAUGUGUUCUAUAUCGUCGUGUCUAUUUUGCUUGUGUACUGCUGCUACUAUACUAUCUCUACAUUUACUUAUAUCAGAGAGGAAUGAAAAGGGAAACUCAAAUGCUGAAGCGCAUCUCACAAGCCAGCAGAAAGAAAAAGCCAUCCUAAUUAAUUGUUCUAUUCACAAAGUUCGCAACCUACAUUUUCAGAAAGUAAAGGUGUCACUAAUGGAUACGGUGUGAACUGCACGUGAAACAACCUUUAUUUUCAGAAUGUAAAAGUGUAAUUAAUGGACACAGUGC